AUAAAUCUCAAGCUCUGUAACGUUUGCUGGUGCGUGUCGACUGAAGCGGCGACCACGAAUCCCCAUUGCCAGCGAUUGAAUCUCUUCCCUAAGUUGGAUGCAGAACCUCUAACUGCUAAGUGCUCAAGUACUCCUAAGACUUGUAGGAAUGGUAACGUCUCCUUCAAUAAGACUUUCCAGGGGGGCUUCUACGAGAGUCGGGCACGGAGAACACAAGGAUGGUGCUGAUAACAUCGAAGGAUAUCGAAAUGCUGUACGGACUGCAGAAUCUUUGGUUCAUGAAACAUCGGUACAUGUUGGUGAAGCCUCAGCGAAAGGAGAGAGUGUUGAGAACAUAAAAGAUGUUGCAGAUGUGAAUGCAUGGUCAGGCAACGCAAAUUCUGGGAACGUGAACGAUCUGGUGAAUAGUUUCUUCGUCACACCUCUAGUAUCAGAUGAUUUAAGUAGUAUCGGGACCAACGCUGGCAUUGGAACUCCUAUUUUCAACCAGGCCCCACAGUGUGUACCAAAAGGUGCUGAGAGUACAAAGGAUUUUGCUGAGAAUACAACUGACAAGGAAACAAAGAAGGAACCAUCAGAAAGUUCGGUCCAGAACAUGUACCACAGGUGGAAAUUCACGAGGAAGGUGUACAGCAAAGAACUGAGAGAUGAGCUGCUUCGUAAGGAGAGAGAUGCUAUGUUCAUGGAAGAUGGAGCAAGUACUUUGUGAAGCCUGUGUAAUGGUAGUUUGUUCUGUUAAAAGCAAUGCGAAGGAAGAAAGUGGACGCAUAUUUUUAUAUUUUGUUAUGGGCAUACUAUGCUGACUACCUUUCGAGUGCUCAGUGCUUAACUUGGUUCUGCUAAUCUGUUAAGACAUGCAGUACUAUGGGCCGUUAGUAUUAUGUGUUAUGGUUGACAUAAGUACCGUUGCUCUGUCAGGGCAAGUACCUGUAUGUUGGAUUGUUCAUGAAAUCUAAAGCCGAAUGUACCAAUCGUGGGUACCACUGUUG